GAAUUGGGUGUAGCUGUGUCUGUGUGCGCCUUGGCCAAUGGAACCAGAUCCUCCCUGCAGUGCGUAAGAGCGCGAUUUAGGAUUUAACCAAGUCUUUGCUGCGGGGCUGGCUGCAGUCUUCACCAGAGCCCGACGGCCUGAGAGCCUUUCAACAAUGCCAGUGUAGUUUUUUUUUCUACACCGCUCUGGAGACAGACGCUCUCGGUUUUUAUUAUUGAUUUUUUUUUCUUUCGUGUUUUUUUUCCCUGCUGAUUAAAUAAAAACGAACCCACGCGCUCUCUCUCGAAGUAUGACCGGAGUUUUUGACCGGAGGAUCCCGAGUGUGAAAUCUGCAGACUUUGAGAGCUCCUUUCAACUCUCCAGCAUGCACCAUCCGUCUCAGGAAUCUCCUACUUUACCCGAAUCCUCCGCCACGGAUUCUGGCUACUACAGUCCCGCUGGAGGAGUCGCUCACGGCUACUGCUCGCCCAGCUCCACCUCUUACGGGAAGCCUCUGAAUGCCUAUCAGUACCAGUACCCGGGUGUAAACGGAUCUGCUGGAAAUUACUCGACAAAAUCCUACACAGAUUACAGCUCCUACACGACCCCCUCCUACCACCAGUAUGCUGGGACUUACAGCAGAGUGCAAACCCAGCCGAGUCCACAAGAAAAAGAGAUAAGCGAGCCUGAGGUGAGGAUGGUGAAUGGCAAGCCGAAGAAAGUGAGAAAACCCCGGACAAUCUACUCCAGCUUCCAGCUGGCCGCCUUGCAGAGGCGGUUUCAGAACACACAGUACCUGGCGCUGCCGGAGAGAGCCGAACUGGCCGCCUCGCUGGGGCUAACGCAAACACAGGUGAAAAUUUGGUUCCAAAACAGAAGAUCAAAGAUGAAGAAGAUCAUGAAAAACGGCGAGCUUCCCCCGGAACACAGCCCCAGCUCCAGCGACCCCAUGGCCUGCAACUCUCCACAGUCCCCGGCCGUCUGGGACACACAGGGUCCCUCCAGGCCGCACAGUCUACAGCCACAAAGCAUCAACACGACGGCUUCUAACUUUUUGGAAAACACGGGGUCAUGGUACACCUCAGCCGGCAGCUCCAUGACUUCCCACCUGCAGACCCCUAACUCAAUACAGCAUUCGUUGGCUCUUGGAGCGGGGACGUUAUAUUGAAAAAAAAGAAAAGAAAGAAAACUACACUAAACAAAAAACAAACCUAUUGUUGAUUUCAUUUCCCCCUCCUUCUAUGGGACUCGUGUUCAAAUUUCAGAGGAAUAUGCAAUGUAUUUGAUGGCAGUCAUAGAAGAAACGUGUAAAAUGUGUAAAUGUGUGCAUGUAAUUUAUUGCAUUUUGGAAGACUAUUAAACGUUUAAAUGGACAAUGGAACUUUGAACCCCA